AGAGGGAAGAGCCCGGGAGGCGCUGGGGUGCCCCGGAUGAAGAGCGUGGCUGGAGCUUAGACUUGGGCUGAGAAGACAUCGCAGCUUAGAACGGGGCUGGGGAAAGUGGGUGGAGGGGUGGCACCAGCAUGAGGCAGAGCUGAGGGGGCGAAGCUGAGGUCGGGGUUUACGGCUGGCUCGGCCAAGCUGAGGUUCAGGUUUGGACUUCUGCGGGCCAGAGUCUUGUAGAGAGGAAGAACUGGGCCGAGAGCGAUGUGGGUGAGGACGACAAUGACCAUUGAAAGGUGGACUAAGAAAAAGACUGAGGACAAUGCCAACGUCUGGGAUGAUAGCAGCAGUGAUGUAAACAGGUUACCCAGCUGGGAAAGAGGACGUCUGCUGGCUGGCGUGGCGUCUAGCACUGAUGCAUCUAUCUUCUCCUCUGAAGACUCCGACCCCUUAGGCGAAUUCAAGGACACUGACAGGUGCUGCUGGAAUCACAAGCAGUGCACUGGGCAUGUCAUCCACCCCUUCACCUCUGAUUGUGGUCACUACAACCUGCACCUGCACUCGCUCAGCCACUGUGACUGUGACUCUAGGGUGAAGGACUGCUCAGAGAAGACAAACAGCAGCAGCUCCCAAGAUGUAGGCCCAACCUGUUCCCGAGAUGUGGGCCCAACCUGUUUCGACAUCAUCCAGACCCCUUGCUUUGAGCUCAUCCCCGAGGAAGAGUAUGUGGAGCGGUUCUGGUAUGGCUGGUGCAAAAGCUACAGGCCUGUCUCUGUGGCAGUGAUCCACCAUCCCCUCCACCACGAAUUUAGAGAUGACCUAAAUGAAGAAGAAGAAGAGGAGGAAGAAAGCAGACCUCCCAUCCCGACCCAGGUGGGGCCCACCGCCACCACACCCGCUGACAAAGGCAUAGGAAUGGGCACGAUCACCGGCACACCAGACUCGGCAGCUCCCAUUACCAUCUGGCGCUCUGAGAGUCCCACAGGGAAGUCCCAGGGCAGCAAGGUUAUCAAGAAGGUCAAGAAGAAAAAGGAAAAAGAGAAAGAUGAGGAGGAGACAGAUGAGAAGGCAAAGCUGAAGAAAAAAAUCAAGAAGGGCAAGUUGAUUAAAAAGAAAGGCCCAGUUAAAUCAGAAUCUUCACCUCCAGACUUGAGCAGAUCAAUAAGCCCCAGGGAGCUGGUCAGGCUGUCAGAAUCCAGCCCAGAGAGCCGGGAAGACCUGGAGAGCGAGGACAGUUACAAUGACCCCAGGCAGGAGGAGCCCUCCAGCGAGGAUAUUGUGGAGUCAUCACCCAGAAAGAGAGAGAAGAACGCGGUCCAGGCCAAGAAACUUGGGGCAAAACCCUCUCCAAUCAAGAAGGUCAACAAGAGGAAAUCUCCCCCAGUAUCAAGCCCCAAUCUCAGUUGAGGCCAGGGCGACCAGGGUGAAGAAUAAAUGCCAUCGUGCCUGUCCCAGA